AUGUCUUGCGAUACCUACUCUGCCUCCUCUGCUGUGUCUCGGGAAACUCUUGUCAACACUUUGGCCCAAAACAAUUUGUUGCAUGCUCCAGGCUUGUCGCCCUCCUUGUCUGGUCGUUCGAGUCCUGCUAUUGGUUCUGGUAUCGAGUCUGGUCUUGGGCUUGGGCUUCAGGAGAGUGGCAAGCUCUGCUCUUUCAAUUCAGAUGCUAGUUCUGGGGAUCAUGUCAGGAUUACAAUGAAAACGCGUGUGGCCGUGCGGGAUACGAAAUCUCAUCGAUUUCAAGUCGUCCCAUUGCGCGAUAUAACUAAAGAUGCGCUCUCUCGGACUGAGCUCGAGUCCGGUCGACUAGUGGUUCCCACUACGCCAGUGAGCUAUCUGCGCACUCCGAGCUCCAAGAAAUUCAUGACCUCACACACUAAGACAAUGACUUCUUCGCCGUCUGUUCGGCCUCUAUGUUCUAUCUACGGCAAGGAAAAUCGUCACUCAGAAGCUGGGACAGAGGCCAAUGUCAAAGCGUUAGAUUCUUUUGAAAUUAAGACUUCCGUGUCGUCGGAAACUCCCUCAGCCGAAAGAAACGCUAUGCUCUCUGAGGUGGAAUUGAAUGUAGUCGACAUAAAGUCCUCUUCUCUUCCGCAACUGUCAUCGAACCGGACUAACCCAGCAAGUCCCGCUGUAAUCUCGAAUUUUUCGUCGCAAAAGUCUUUGAAUAAUUCUUUCAGCUCGACCUCUACACAUACUAUUUCCCAAUCUUUAUAUAUCUCAGGACGCUACAAAACGCACGCGUCAAAAUUCUCUAGUCUUGGAUACCUUUCUUUGGACCCUGAUUCGGGACGUGAGGGUGCAGAUGAAGAAGACAAGGAGGCGCCUGUCUUCGACAGUGCCAACCCGCGAUCAGAGAAAAGACAUGCUUUGCGCACUCCUCCACUGUUUCUUCCUUACUUCGACAGACUAGCUUCGUCUGGGCCUGUGAAUCCUGAUCCGCAACAGGUGCUUCACGAAGCGAUCAGCGACCAGAAGAGUGAGCUUGUACAAGGCGCCGCGUCUGAUAUCGUUCAAGCAGAUAACGAUAGGACAAUUUGUCCGGAAUUUCGUCUUUUGGAUGCCUAUCUGGAUGACCAAGCCGUCCCUUGUCGUAUAUUGGAGGAUCCGUUCAGCGUUAGUUCUUCAGGGUCGAUAGAAUUUGCACCGAUAGACAGUCCUUUGCAUCAUUCAUCUCCGAAAUCGGGAAAUUGGGCCUCUCGUAUCCGACACGGUGCAGCCUGUCAGACAAGUAGGCGAGUGCAGCGAGGAGACAGACGUAUCGUAUACCCGAAGAUAGUUCUUGAUCUGUUCGUCGAACUAGACAAAGCGAUUGAAUCUUGGAGCGCCAAAAAUAUGUAA